GGGGGGAGUUAAAUGCUCUAAAAGAUGAGAUUGCAAUCCCAAGCCCAAUUCACGAGAGCCCAAUCCACACGAGCCCAUCGCCUCUUUGCCCUUGUACCAGAAACAAGUUGCAUCGGAGUGACUCUGAACUCAUCUUCAACAAAGCUAAAACCUCACCGGAAAAACGCAGGCGGAAUUGGCAGUCAUCGGAAGGAACACCAUCAGAACCAGUGACAAAUCCCAGGAAGUUCAUUGGGAGAAUGUCGUCUACUUUGCUGGAAGUGACUAGGGCAGCACACGAGGAGGUGGAGAGGUUGGAGAGAUUGAUAGUGAAGGACCUCCAGAAUGAGCCUACAUCCAACAAGGAUCGUUUGUUUCAGAGCCACCGCGUUAGGAAUAUGAUAGACACCAUCACCUCGACCACCGAAAGACUUGUUGAGAUUUACGACGACAAAGACAGUGCAAGGAAGGAUGAGAUUGCUGCACUGGGAGGACAAACUGCUACUGGAAUUAAUGUUUUCAGCGCCUUCUACGAUAGACUCAAAGAGAUACGAGAGUAUCAUAGGAAGCAUCCGGUUGCACGUGUCGUUGAUGCUAAUGAUGAUACUGAAGCUCUUCUUAAAGAGGAACCUCAAAUUGAGUUCAGCGGAGAGGAAGCUUUUGGUCGAUACUUAGACAUGCAUGAAUUAUACCAUCAGUAUGUCAAUUCCAAAUUUGGAGAGCCAAUUGAGUAUUCUGCAUACCUUGAUGUUUUUUCUGAAACAGAUAAGAUUCCACGCAAAAUGAAAACGACCAGGCAAUACAGGGAGUACCUGGAGAGUCUUUUGGAGUAUCUGAUAUAUUUUUUCCAGCGGACAGAACCCCUGCAAGAUCUUGAUCGAAUAUUUUCAAAGGUUACAAACGAGUUUGAAGAAAAUUGGGCUACUGGAACGGUACAUGGAUGGGAGAAUGUCAAUCAGGAGAAUGGACAUGUACCUACUCAGCACACUGCAAUUGAUCUUGAUUAUUACAGUACAGUUGAAGAGCUAAUGGAAGUGGGUCCUGAAAGGUUAAAGGAGGCACUGGCUGCACUGGGACUUAAAACUGGCGGCACUGUUCAGCAACGUGCAGAGAGGCUCUUCCUCACCAAGCAUACACCUCUUGAAAAGUUGGACAAGAAGCAUUUUACCAAGGGGGCGCGUGGCUUAGGAAAAAACGGGGUGGCUGCUGCUCCACAAGAAGGAAAUUUAAAACAAGAAAAUUUAAAAGAAGUUGCAUUAAUGGAGGCUAAAAUGAGUAGACUGUGUGAUUUGUUAGAUGAGACAAUUGUUCGAACAAAAGACAAUGUUGUAAAGAAGCAAGCCCUAACUUACGAGGAAAUUGAAGCAGAACGUGAGGAGGAAGAGACACAAGAGGACUCUGAAAGCGAAGAUGAUGAACAGCAGAUUUAUAAUCCCUUAAAAUUACCAAUGGGAUGGGAUGGGAAGCCUAUACCUUAUUGGCUGUAUAAGUUACAUGGUCUGGGUCAGGAAUUUAAGUGUGAGAUAUGUGGGAACUACAGUUAUUGGGGGCGUCGUGCUUUUGAGCGACAUUUUAAAGAAUGGCGUCAUCAACAUGGGAUGCGGUGCCUCGGUAUACCAAAUACAAAGAAUUUCAAUGAAAUAACAUCAAUUGAGGAAGCAAAGGAACUCUGGAAGAAGAUACAGCAGAGACAAGGAGUAAACAAGUGGCGGCCAGAUCUAGAGGAAGAGUACGAAGACAAAGAAGGCAACAUCUAUAAUAAGAAGACAUACACUGAUUUACAGCGCCAGGGACUGAUAUAAAAAGAAUCUUCUUUUCAACUCUAUUCUACUAGUAAAAGAAGGAAGACAAAAACACCCCUCUUUUUACAUCAUCUAUGAAAUGGAAGCAAUUUGUUUUCAACAUAAUUAAUAGGGGAUGAUUGUAGAACUGCUCGGGACAGAUAUGGAGCCAUAUUUUGUGAAUUGUGCUGCACAUUCUCGAGUAAUUGUGAAUUUGUGAUUGAUAUCCUAACAAGACGGGAGAAGAAACAAAGAUUAUCCUUGCUAUUUGUACCAAUUAUCAUUACUAUAGAUUUUGAGUGAUAAUGGGCAACUAAUGCCAUUCUAUAAUUGGAGAUUUAGUGCAAUAUACUCUGCUAUCUAUUUAUGUCA